AACAGACGAGUUAUUCCAGGUUGUUGACGGGAAUCGAUAGACGCUGUGCCCAGUCUGACCUGGCACCACCAUCAUCCCUCAACCCGUGCCAAACCCUGCGCGUUGUGUUAAGCAUUCAUUUCAGUUAUUUUUUGAUACUAUGUGAUCGCAGGACAAACGCCAGUGACUGAGAUGCCAUCUGGACAAUCACAGGGAUCAGAUCAGCGGGGAAUAGGACUAAAUGCAGAAUGAAAUUGCUGCAGUAUCUCUGGCUGCUCAUUCAGGCGAUUCAGCUGUGCCACUGUGAGUCUGCCACCAAAUGUAACAACAUCACACAGUAUUUCAUGUUUUCUCGCUGCUGUGCCAAGUGUCCACCGGGUACCUAUUUGAUCAGUAAGUGCACAAUACAAAAAGACACUGAAUGCAAUCGCUGUGAAGAGGGGCUAUAUCAGUCAAAAUGGAACUUGGCUGAUCAUUGCCAACAGCACACGUACUGUGAUCCAAAUGGAGGAUUUGUGAGGGAGUUGCCUGGUGACACCUUGCGCGAUGCUGUGUGUCUGUGUGCGAUAGGGAAACACUGCAUCAAUAAGGACUGUGAGAUGUGUGCGGAGGACAAAAAUUGCAAGCCUGGAUUUGGAGUAGAUAAUCCAGCGGAUCGCAAACACAGGGACACAGAGUGUAAGGAAUGUCAAAGUGGUUUUUACUCAAAUGUCUCCUCACCUGUAGAGCGCUGUUGGAAAUGGACAAAUUGUGGGUCACAAGGAGAGCUCAAGCCGGGCAACUCAACAACUGAUGUGAAAUGUAAGCCCUGGCCUGUAUCAGUCCCUGAUGAAACUCCUACGAUUGUGAUCAGUGUUUUAGUCACAGCUGCACUGGUAGCUUUAGUUGCUGCAUUCAUCUACCACAGAGAUUACCUGAAGGAAAUGUUGUGGCGAUUCCACAAACAGCUCAAGAAACCGGAACGCCAUGCUGUCGGAAAGGUUAAUGGUGCCACUGUAAUUUUGCUGGAAGAGAACUGGCGUGUUGGAGAGCAGGCAAGCGAAGAGACAUCAGUCCCAAUUCCAGAAUCCUUGGCAGAAGUACAGAGCUUGUUCAUAGCUCAACAAGAAGAUGGCAAGGAGAGUCAUCUCCCAGAGCAAGAGCAGGCACCUCUGUCAAAGAGCUAACAAACAUAUUUGCCAAAGGACUAUAUUGUGUUCCUUGCUGCUGGUUGGGUUAUUGGACACGUCUGCAGAACACUGAACCCAAGCCUUGGCAUUAAGUUACUGAAAUGGAAUUUUUUCUGUAUUUGAAUUAUUUUGAUUGUCUUAUGACUCAUGACUACCUUGGUUGAUGUGGCAAUCCUACAUCUAGAUCCUCAUCUGUUUAUUCCAGGACCAGGGACAAUAAGGGUGUUGCGCUCCCAUUACUGAUGGUCACGAGAAAACAGAAUUACUUUUUAAUGUUAAAAGGCUGAUUAUUCAAUUCACGCUCCAUGUAAAUCAUAAAAAUGCAGAAAAGGGUAUCAAAGUUAAAACUACUCAGCUGUAGAGGUGAGGAAGGUUUCCCGGUUGGAUUGUGGCCUUUGCUUAAGUUAGCUGAUCUCAGGCGGGUGGCAAAAGGGAUGUUACAAUUAGCCUUCAGCAGUUAACUCACCACAGAGAAUUCAAUAAUGCAAUAGUAAAAUCAUCAACUUCUCAGGUUGACUAGGAUGGGAACUCAUUCCAACCUUGCCAGUAACAUACAAAUCCUGAGAAUGAGUGAAAAAAUACUUGAGGGCUGAUGAGAAGCAAAACUGGAAUGGGAUCAAGAGACUUAAAUUCCUUAACGAGUAAACAUUAAGUAUGGAAUUAGGAGGGUACUUAAUCAUGAAAUGUAUGUUGAACAGCGAUAAACCCCCCGUUUACUGAGUAGGCUCUGAAGAGGCCACAUUUCUGGGCAACUCCUUGGUGACCUUGCAUUGUUUAGAUUUUUAGCUGUUUCUGGGGUGGAGAGAGAAUGGCUAUAAAGCUGGGGAACAAAUUAUUUAACCGUGGCUCCAAACUACAACAACAACUCUUCACAGAAGUGAUAUCAGACAAAAAAAGUUGACACCAAGUUAAAGGUGGAGAUAUUAGGAUAGGUUGUUCAGGCAGAAAGUUUUGAAGGAGUAUCUUAACGAAAGAGAGAUGGAGAUGCGAGCCAAUAAGGAGAGGGAAUUCCAGAGUUUAGGGCCUGGUUAUCUGAAGGCAUGGCUUCUAAUGUACGGGUGAAGGAAAUGGGGGAUGCACAAGAGGCCAGAACUAGAGGAAUGCUCUGUUUUUGGAGGGUUGAAGGCCUGGAAAUGUUGCAGAGUUAGAGCGGGGUGAGCUGAAAGAAAGAUUUGAACACAAACAGAAGAAUUUUAAAAUUGAAGUUGUGGUGACUGUCACUUUAAGAUCAGUUCAACUGAGUAGGGAUCACGUGAUUUGUUCAACCAAUAUGUAGCUAGCACAGGGGAGUAAAUUUUAGGGAGGGGCUUCCUAGGAAAAAAAUAGCUGUAUGAGGGCUGGCUGGAUACAAGUAGCCACAGAAGCUCUCGUGUAAAUAAAGUUUGUUUUUCUACAGAAGUGUGUUUCUCCAGAAGCAUUUGGGAAUGGGGAGCUACUGUAGUUCAGCAAGUACAAUGGUGAUGGGAAUGGAACUGAUUAAUCAGGAUGAUGAUUGUUUUGGUGUUUCUCAGCUUGGUGAACAGAUACUGUCGCAGAUAUUAGGAAAUCUUUCACUAGAAAACCAAUCAGUAAAAGGAUAUGUUCCCACACUGUAUGGUCAGGUUAUUGAGCUUAACUCAGCCCAGAUGUCGACCACCUGAAGUAGUGCAACAAAUCGCUAAUGACUUGAUCAUCCUGCCAGUUGUGCAAAAAAUAAUGCAACAGUAUAUUUAGCGUCGCAUAAUGAUUGCCCUUAGAUUGCUGUUCAUCUUUCGAUUUGGAGAGGUGCCUUAUGCAAUAUGAGUAGGUUACAGCAGAAGGAGGAAUUCGAUGACAAGCUUUGUCAGCCAUAUGUAGUGAUUUUAGCUUGAAUCUCCCUGUAUUUCCUCAUGAAUGAUUAUUCUUUUUGAUAUAUGCAAGUUGGACCUGGCAUUCACUGGAACUAUCUGUUCCAGACAAACCUUACUCCAAGCUGAUAACAGCUUGUUUCCCAAAAUGCUGUUCCAAUGUCCAUCACCAUGGUGAGGUUAGGGGAGUAAAUAAUUUGGUCUAUGGCCUAGAAACAUUUUGGCUUAUUGAAUUCUCCUUAAAGCACCCUCAUUGUCUUUUACAGAAAAUACCUUCUAUUUUAACCACAAAUUUGGCUAUACAUGAUCAUGGAUUAAACCUGGGAACUCCCUGGUUUGUAUUGUUCAGGUAGUUCCCAAUUAAACCAGAA